CUACUCGAUUUGUUACCAACCUGCAGCUGAGGUGAGAGCUCCUGGAGGUCGUGGAUUGAUUGUAAAGAAGGAAAACAUGUUGUGUUGAAGCUCCUCUGUUAACUGUUUCCAGCAGCUUUAGGGAAUAAAAGAUCCUGUAACUGUGUUGCAGAUAAAUACUGGAAUACCAUGGCAGAAGAUUGGGAUGCAGAGUUUGGAACUGAACCCACUGCAGUUAUUCCAUCGUUCUUUGACAUGGCUGGCCUUAGAUCUCCAGUGAAAGAAGGUGCUAUCAAUGGUAAUCAGAUAUUUGAGUCAAAAGGUUCUGAAGCAGCAAAUUUUGGGAAGAGAUGUAGCAAUACAUUUGGCAAUAGCACUGGAUUUGGUGGAUUUGGGAAGCAAGGAUCUGGAGAUGGGAAUGGCUUUGAUACAAACAGCAGCUACAUAUUUGAGAAACAGCCCGUUGCAGGUUUUGCCGAAACAACCACAGUAAAUGAAAGUGAAUUUGGCAGCAGAGUUGUUAGAGGAUGCGGCUUUGGAAGAGGUAACCGUGGGGGAUUUCCGAGAUCCAGCCCACAGAAUGCCAUUGAAAAAGCAAGUGGAGACGGCCCUCCUGUUGGUAGAGGUAGCUUUAGUGCAAGGAGAGGGUUUGCAAAUCAUCCAGGUGAUGGGAGUGGAUUUAGUUCAAGUUGUGGAAGAGGUGGAUUCUCUAGUACAUCUGGAAUAAGAGGUGGUUAUAGAGGUAGAAAUGAAGACAUCUUUUCAGGGUCUAAUCCUAAACUGAGAGCUCCUUGGAAUUCAACUGAUUCUGAAGGCAACAAUAAAAACCAAGCCCCCAAAGUGACCUAUGUUCCACCGCCUCCACCCGAAGAAGAAAGUGCCAUUUUUGCUCCCUAUCAGACUGGUAUUAACUUUGAUAAAUAUGAUGAAAUCCUUGUUGACGUAUCUGGAUUCAAUGUUCCAUCUGCAAUCCUGACAUUUGCAGAAGCGCAUCUGUGUGAAACCUUGAAUAAAAAUAUAAGUAAGGCAGGAUACCUGAAGCCUACACCGGUUCAGAAGCAUGGUGUACCAAUCGUACUUGCUGGCCGGGACUUGAUGGCUUGUGCUCAAACGGGUUCUGGAAAAACAGCCGCUUUCCUAUUGCCAAUACUAGAAAUGCUGAUGAGAGGGGAUGUAGCAGCCAGUCAAUUCAAGGAACUACAGGAGCCAGAAGUAGUAAUUGUGGCUCCAACACGUGAACUGAUCAAUCAGAUAUAUUUAGAAGCGAGGAAGUUUUCCUUUGGAACUAUUAUUCGACCUGUUGUAGUUUAUGGGGGAACCAGUACAGGACAUCAAAUCCGUCAGGUUUUGCAAGGUUGUAAUGUGUUGUGUGGUACCCCAGGAAGGCUCCUUGAUAUCAUCUCUAAAGGAAAAGUUGGCCUCAGUAAAGUACAGUUUUUGGUAUUAGAUGAAGCAGAUCGGAUGUUGGACAUGGGGUUUGAACCAGAUAUGAGGAAGCUGGUGACUGCCUUUGACAUGCCAUCAAAGCAAAACCGUCAGACUCUAAUGUUCAGUGCUACCUUCCCUGAAGAGAUUCAAAGGAUGGCUGCGGAUUUUAUGAAGACGGAUUACUUGUUCCUCGCUGUUGGUCAAGUUGGAGGAGCCUGUGGUGAUGUGCACCAGACCAUCCUGCAAGUGGACCAGUAUUCCAAACGGAAUAAACUGAUUGAAAUCCUGACUAACAUUGGUAUUGAACGUACUAUGGUUUUUGUCGACACCAAAAGAAAGGCUGAUUUCCUCGCUGCUUUUCUUUGUCAAGAAAAUUUCCCAACAACUAGUAUUCAUGGUGAUCGAGAACAAAGAGAGAGAGAGCAAGCACUUGGUGACUUCCGUUCAGGGAAGUGUCCUGUUCUUGUGGCUACAGCUGUGGCUGCUCGAGGGUUGGACAUUGAGCAUGUGCAGCACGUCAUUAACUUUGAUCUGCCCUCCACCAUUGACGAGUACGUCCAUCGCAUCGGACGCACGGGUCGUUGCGGAAACGUUGGAAAAGCCAUCUCUUUCUUUGAUUCAAACACGGACUUGCGGAUAGCACGUACCUUGGUUAAAGUUCUUUCUGAUGCCCAGCAGGAAGUUCCUACUUGGCUGGAGGAAUUUGCUUUUGCUGCUUAUGGGACCAGCUACCACAAUCCACUUGGAAAAGUGUUUGCUUCAGUCGACAGUCGCAAGGGCUUGGGUGGUAACAAAGACUUCAGUAGUUAUGAAGCGAAUUUGCCGGUGACGUAUGCAGGAAAAGAUCAUGAAGAUGCAUGGGAGUAAUAAUCCGGAUGCUCUAAACCUUAGUUUACUUAAAACGUAACAUUUCCCACUAAGUGGUAAUAGUAUUACUAUUUUGAAUAUGAUUUUCAUUGUUAACCAGGUUUGUAGGUUAACUUGUACUUAUUUCUAAAAUUGCAAGUGUUUACAUUCAACAAUUGUGCACAGUUGGUGUGAUCAACAAUACUUUAAUUGUAUAACGAUGGGCAGAUAUUGCAAAGUUGAGAAUUUUUUGUUUGUUUUUCUUCAUGACCUGAGCAAUGAUUAAAAUGCAGGACAAGGUUAAUAAAUGUCAUGGUUGAAUAAACUGA